AUGGGUUCCGUUUCAAAUUCCCCGUACAAUAAUCCAUCAGAGCCACCGCAGCGCCGCCAUGUUGUUUUGUUCCCUUUCAUGUCCAAAGGCCACACCAUUCCACUCCUCCACCUCUGCCGCCUCCUCCUCGCUCGAAACCUCGACGUCACCGUUUUCACCACCCCAGCCAACCGCCCCUUCAUCGACCAAUUCCUCUGCUCCACUACGGCAUCUGUCGUCGACAUCCCAUUCCCUCAGAACAUCCACCCUGAAAUCCCCGCCGGCGUCGAGAGUACCGACAAGCUCUCCUCCGUCACCGAACGCCUCUUCAACCCCUUCGCGCUCGCCACAAAACACAUGCAAGAUGACUUCGAGAAAGCUCUAAGCUCUCUCCCACGUGUCAGCUUCAUGGUCUCCGAUUCCUUCCUCUGGUGGACACUCGACUCCGCCACCAAGUUCGGUUUCCCGAGGCUCGCUUUUUACGGCUUCAACAACUACGCCGGCUGCGUGUCCAGAGCCGCCGCUGUGGAUCACCUCCUACAGGGCGUCGAGUCGGACAAUGAGUUAAUCACGCUGCCUCGUUUUCCUUGGAUUAAGGUUACCAAACAGGACUUCGACUCUUCUUUCACAAACCCUAGUCCUGAAGGGUCAGAGUUUUUCAUGACCAUGAUUGUAGCCGUCAUGAACAGCUUUGGUCUUGUCACCAACAGUUUCUACGAGCUCGAACCUGCUUUCGUCGACUACUGGAACACCGAGUGUGGCCCAAAGUCAUGGAAUGUCGGACCACUCUGCCAGCUGAAAGCUAAACCAGAGCACCGUCAUCCUAAGCCUGUGUGGAUUGAAUGGCUCGAUAAGAAGAAGAUUGAAGGGAGCCGUGUUUUGUACGUGGCAUUCGGAACUCAAGCGGUGAUAUCAUCUGAGCAAGUUCAGGAGAUAGCCAAGGCGUUGGAGAAGUCGGAGCUAAAUUUUCUAUGGGUGAUAAGGAAGAAAGAGAGCUUCAGUACUUGGUGGGACUCGGAAUUUGAAGAGAGGGUGAAAGGGAGAGGGAUGGUGGUGAGUGAGUGGGUUGACCAGACGGAGAUACUAAACCAUGAGAGCGUGGAUGGCUUUUUGAGUCAUUGCGGGUGGAACUCGGCGAUGGAGGCCAUUUGCGCUGGAGUGCCGAUUCUGGCAUGGGCGAUGAUGGCAGAGCAGCCGCUGAACGCCAGGAUGGUGGCGGAGGAGAUAAAGGUAGGUUUGAGAGUGGAGACGUGUGACGGGUCGGUUAGGGGGUUUGUGAAGGCAGAGGGGCUUGAGAAGAUGGUGAAGAAGUUGAUGGAGGAGGAGGAGGGAGAGGUGGUUAGGAAGACGGUGAAGGAGUUUUCUGAGGCAGCAAGGAGAGCGGUGGAGGAGGGAGGAUCGUCGUGGCAGACGUUGCAGUCGCUCAUUGAUGAGGCAUGCAGUAAAGAAAUGUAA